GUUCUCUGCGACCAUCCGCUCCUUACCCACCCCUCUAGUAUGAGCGACGACAAACUGACACCACCUCAGCGGAGGUUCGCAGGCGGAGGCAUAGGAGUGGACUCUGAGUCUAAACCGCCGUCGUCGCAUUCGCGGACAGGGUCUUCAACGAACACCGAUUCGCCUCCCAUCACGCCUCGCAGCCAGACGUUCCAACAAGGAGCGUCGGGCGGGCCGUUCUCUCCACCGGCAAGCGUCUCGAGCUUUUCUCCCGCGCACACGCCUUCGGGCAGCCUCGUCGUUCCUCAUACCCACUAUUUUGAACCCUCUCGCCACCGCGGACGCACUCAGUCGGGCUCAACUAGUCUCGCCGAACUUCCAAGAAACAAUUCAUCCCUAUAUGGCAGCCGGCCCAACACGAGCGACUACACGACUUCGAGGCCGUCCUCGCGGCGGGAGGCGUUCUCGUCGCCUCGGACACGGCCUCUGACGAUGUACAGCACGGUGAACCCGUCGAUGCCCAAGAUCAAGAAAGAGCGGCCGAAGAGCACGAUGUUGGACAAGGAGAAGCCUAUCGAGAAGCCGUGGGCGGAGGUCAAGGAUCCCUACAACCGCGUUGCCUAUUUCCUGACGUACGGUGUCAUGCUCAUCGGAAUUCUGGGAGGCGCUGCUCGCUGCUUCUUAGGAUGGAACAGUGUCCCUAUCAUGAAGGGGAAACUCUGCGUUGUUAUGGAUGAAGAGUUCAAUAGUGCUGAUGGUUUGUUUGGGGAGGGAGGCAAGUUCUUCAGGGAAGUGGAUAUGAGUGGGUUUGGCAAUGGCGAAUUCGAAAUGUCAACCGACUCUGACGAGAACUCAUAUGUCAAGAACGGCAACCUCUACAUCACGCCUACCUUUACAUCCGACCUCAUUGGCGAAGACGCUGUUAUCGACGGCCACGUUUUCAACAUCACGGGCUGCACGUUCAACAUCACAAGAGGAACUUCCUACACCCUCGAUGCGGGAUCGCAGCCUCUGGACGUCAGUGCGGUGGGCCAGGAUGAAGAGUUUGAUUUGGCAGGCUAUGUGAAAGCGUGCUCGGCUGUCAGCAAUUCCACCUCUGGACAAAUCAUCAACCCUAUUCGCAGUGCUCGGCUGAGUACGAGGUUAAGCGCCAGCAUCAAGUAUGGUCGGGUCGAAGUGCGGGCCAAGAUCCCGACUGGGGACUGGUUAUGGCCUGCGAUCUGGAUGUUACCCGUCGACAACGUCUACGGUCCUUGGCCUAAGAGCGGUGAAAUCGACAUCAUGGAAUCCCGAGGGAAUGGCCCAGAGUAUCCCUAUCAAGGGACGAACUAUGUCCGCGGGUCUUUGAACUGGGGACCUUCGCAUGCUCUGAACCGCGCCUACAAGACCUAUGGAUGGUGGUCGUUACGACGUGGUUCGUAUGACACUGAUUUCCAUACCUAUGCUUUGGAAUGGGACGAGGAGUUUAUCCGAAUCUACGUCGACUCGAGAUUGCACCACAUGCUCGAUCUCAGGCUCAAAAAGUCCUUUUGGGAGCUCGGCAAGUUCCCUCCGUUUGCGAACAUCGGGGGCGAGACGGUUAUGGUAUCGAAUCUGUGGGCUAAUGGAACCAAGGCGGCGCCGUUUGAUCAGAAGUUCUACUUGAUCCUCGACGUUGGUGUUGGAGGAACGAAUGGCUGGUUCCCUGAUUCGAAGGAGAAGCCUUGGUUGGAUGGGUCCCAGACUGCCAUGGGUGACUUCUGGAGGGCACGGAACGAGUGGAUGCCAACCUGGCAAGAUGUCGAGAAGAGGUCUAUGAUCAUGUGCAUGUGGGAGAAGUGUUGA